UUUUCAAUUUUGUAACGAUUGUUUACAAUACAAACAGACGAAGCGUUCGCACGCCGUGCGCGAAAGUGGAUUUAUUUGUUGUGGAUAUUAAUUUUAAUUAGUGUUUUGUGCCAUCGGAAACGAAUUGUUGCUGCGCAAAUGGAUCGUGACGCCUCGAAAUCGACCCGCAAGGAUGAAUCGAACGGUUCAAAGAAUGUAAGCAUUCUGCCCGACGACAAGCAAAUCGCUGCUCGAUAUAUACAGUGGAAAGCUCUUAUGGACAAAUAUGACAAACCGAACCAGAACGAUGAUACGGGAAUGGCGAUCGAUGAUGCGCUGGAGGUUUACCAUUGUGGUGGCGCUGACGCCGACCAACAGCCGCCCUCCACCCAGGAAGAAGCACUCGAAGGCAGUGAUGAGGAAGAAUUGCCCAAGGCGGAAAUUAUUCGCAUUUAUACCGCUAUCGAGAACGAAGUUGCUGCCGCCAUGCAGCAACGGACCACCGAAUGGAAAGCCAAUGGGCUGGAGCGCAUCUUUAACAGCAACUUUUCGCAGAGCAUAGAUUGCGUACAGAAAUGGCUGGAGCAAAGUGAGCUCGGAACGGGCAAACAGGUGACGCAGGAGCGUGAAACACGGUUCACCGAAUACAGCGGAAAGACGCAGAUGGACGUAACGCACCGGGAGAACGUGUCGGUGCUGAACGAAGCCGAACGCAAACAGCUGACGGCCGAACACAGCUCGAACUACGAAUUUUGUGACAACGACCAACGACGGGUGAUCGUACGGCAGAUCGAGAGGACAACCAUCUCGUCCUACCUUACGGGGGAUCCGCGCAUAUCGAAUGGAAGCAGUGCGGGCACGAUGCUACCGAUGCUACCGAUGGACAGCUUUUUCGGAAACAUGACCACCUUUACCCCGUUCAAGGUUCCGGCUGCGAUCGAGGAACUCCGAAGUGCCGGCGGCCGGGAUAGACAUCAGAUGCAGCAGCAAAGACCACGCCCGAUUAACAUCCCCUCGAGUACCGGUACAUCGUUGAGCAAGCUGCUGGAAAGCUCACUAAAGCUAGUACCGAAAGCGCGCGUGGAACAAGAUUUGCCAAAGCCACAAAAAGCUGCACCAAGAGCACGCUUUAAACCGGUGAAAAAGGUACAGUGGCGUCGGAAAGUGAUCAACGACACGUCUUCUAGCUCGGAAUCGUCCUCUUCCGCUUCGGAAUCGUCCGGACAAAGUUCGGAUGAAUCAUACAAACCGAAUUAUACAGUUAAAACCAUCAAAAGGGAUACUGACAGGAAGAAUGCAGCUAGAACGACCAAACCAUCCUUCCAAUCCUCGUCCAGCGACACCAGUAGCUCCGACAAUGCGGCACACAUAACGAUAUCGGACUCCUCGUCGGGAAAGUCGUCCCAUUCGAUCAAGAAGACAAAGCAACCGGGUGAGAUCCAGCACCGGACGGAAACAUCCGCUGCAACCGGUGCUUCUGCAGCGGCAAACCGAUCACCGGAGGAGAACACCGAACAAAGCAAGCGAUACCCGUUGCCACUCAACUACCGGCAAAUGUUGAGCGUCAAUGGACGCUGCCGGUACAAAACGGACGGGACCGUCAUCUAUCGGCCCAAGCCCAUCCAUCAGGGUUUAUCGCGGAAUGCGGAAAAGAUUCUCAUCCAAAGGCAGGACCUUGAUCUGUCCGGCGUAAAGGGCACCGCAAGGCGCCAGAAGUUUGACAACUUUUCCCGCCGAACGCAUCCGAACUCGGUGCUCGUGUACUAUAUGACCGAUUCGGAGGCGGACGAGCAGGACGUAACGGUGGUGCAAGAUGGCGAAGAGGACGAGUCAUCGGACGAUGAUGAUCCCAUACUUAGCUUUAGACCGGAGCUAUGCAUACUUACGUUUUUCAACGACGAAUCGCAAAAGAGCUGAAUGGUAAAUCGGUAGUACGGUAAAUGUUACUGUCCCUUAGCAUAGACAUUUGUUGCAAUUUGUAUGCGUUAACGCUCCGCUAUGUACAAGAAGCAUUACGGACCCAAUCUUUAAGAAAGUUUAUCCAGAGUAAAAAGGAAAACGCACAACUGCUUGUUUCCCCCACUGCCUUAAUCCCCCGGUGGCGAAAAGAAAAGCUGUUACCAAAACGGACACACAACAGUCAGGGAAAAGAACCAACAAUUUAAUGGCAUCUUCUAGAGAACGUACCAUAUCCAUGCCCGGUAGCAAGCUAGUGAUGGGUCAUUCGACUCUUUUUCGACCCGGAGUCGAGGUCGUUCCUAUGGGAAUCGAGAUAGACCCGUGGGUGGAACGAUUCCGGGUCGCUUACGGAUGGUUCCGACGCGCUAGGUUCGAGUCGACCCACCCAUCGCUAUAGCAAGCGUCGUACUGCUGGAAGUUAAUCUUUCCUGAUUUAUGACAAACUUCCACUGGCAGCGAGCGCCUGCUGUCUGCAACCACUUUGCUACACAACAUUACCAACACCUGCUUAGCAUUACAUCUGUUGUUAAAAGCAAAUAAUGUGAAAGAUGGCAAGGACAUUGUUUGAAGAAUAAUUUUAAAACAUUCUACCCGAACCACACGGAAUAGGGUUUAACGAAACAACAUGCCCCUUUAUGCGGUUUCCGAUUUCGGUUUUGGUUUAACGGAUUUGGUAUCCGCAUAUCCAUGCAAUCUGGCUGCUGCUGCUGCUGUUGCUGCAGGCCAUGUGGAAUUUGAUUUAGAUCGGCAUGUAGUGCAGAGCGUGUGUUCAUGUUUGCAAUCGGUGUGCUGUUCGAUUUGUGGUGGGAUUGCGCUUGUACGUUCGCUCAUCCCUCGCCAAUGUUACAGGUGGGAAUAGCAAUCGUUUUUUACUAGAAAAUGACAAACGCCUAGCGUUGGUUCUGCGUGCUGUUGGCUGGUAGCGUACAUUGAAUUUCAAGCAUUAUUGCACUGUGAGACGCAUACAGUUGCUUCCAAUUAGAUUGGGACACCUUGAAAUGUAGCCUAUGGUAGAAUGUUUGCUAUCUUCUGAACUCUUUCAAUUGAUGAAUUCGUGAAUAAAAAUUAUCCAAAUCCAUGCAUAACAUUGUCUAAAGAUAUGGUAAAUGCUUUGAAUUAGCUAGCUCACAUUACAAAUUGUACUCUUAGGACUCAUUGUCGUAUGGAUCUCCAGGUCAUUUGUGGCCUUAGUACUAGCUUAGCUUCAAUGAAAUUUCAAUAAACUAUACGGUUAAGUCGAAACAGUUUAA